GGGAAGACGAAAAGAAACAGAGACGCGCAGUAGCAAGCGGGGCGACCUUCGAAACUGCACUUAUGGCUUUGUCCUCUUCCCGCAGCAGCUUCCUUCUUCUCCAUCAACGCUUUUUCAUGCGCGCAGUCCCAGUCUUCAACUCUCUACCUAGAAGAUUCACAGCCAAAUCUUCAAACCCUAAGCACACCGUCCUCCGUUCCAUUUCCAUCCAAAAUCACUCCUCAAGUCCUCCUCCGCUUCCAACCUCCGCCGCUCCCAGUCCCGCCACCGUUUCCGGCGGCGGUUAUCGGUGGAAGCCAAUGUGCUUGUACUAUACACAAGGCAAAUGUACUAAGAUGGACGACCCUGCACACCUUCAGGUGUUCAAUCACGAUUGCUCCGAGGAAUUCCGUUUGUCUGAAGGCGAACUCCAACGCGAGCACAAUCCCCAAAAGUUUGAUUACUUGCUGGUGUUUGAUUUGGAAGGGAAAGUGGAGAUUCUCGAGUUCCCUGUGCUCUUAAUCGAUACCAGAACUAUGUCCGUAGUGGACUUGUUUCACAGGUUUGUGAGGCCAACUGCAAUGAGUGAGCAAAGGGUUGAUGAAUAUAUUGAGAAUAAGUACGGCAAGUUUGGAGUUGAUCGAGUUUGGCAUGAUACUGCCCUUCCAUUCGUUGAAGUUGUGCAGCAAUUCGAAGAUUGGUUAGUCCAACACUGUUUGUGGGAAAAGAAGCACAAUGGGCGCCUUAAUCGAGCAGCAUUCGUAACCUGUGGGAACUGGGAUGUGAAAACACAGGUUCCCAAGCAAUGCAUUGUGUCGAAGAUGAAGCUCCCCCCGUACUUUAAUGAAUGGAUCAAUCUGAAAGACGUCUACCUAAACUUCUACAAUCCGAAACAAGAGGCUAGGGGAAUGAGGACCAUGAUGGAGCAGCUUAAGAUGCCAAUGUUGGGUAGUCACCAUCUGGGAAUCGACGACACUCGAAACAUAGCUCGAAUUGUGCUUCGAAUGCUUGCUGAUGGCGCAGUGAUUCCUGUCACAGCUUGGAGGGAUGGUGGAUCUUCUGAAAGUGUCAACUUCCUGUACAAGAACCGGAUAAGAUAGCUCUCUUACUCUCUCUCUCAUAGGCGCAGCAUCCAGAGAAUUCAGUACCAAGUGUGUCAUCAGUGGCAUAAGUUCGUAACUUGUGGGUUGCCCAAGUUCUGCAGAAAGCUUCAAUCUUUCUACUUCAGCAGUCAUGUAUCAUGUUCAACUGGAAUCUGAUUAAAUCUUCUCAAAAUGUUUACAAAACAAUCGAUUGUUCUCUGUGAUGAACUCUUCAACAAUAACACAGAUUGUUGAUU